AUGCUCUUUUGGAGUGCAACAUCUCCGCUGAUUCAGCUUUUAAUAUUACUUUGUAUAGUUGCCACGUGGAAUACAGUCAAUUCCAUCAAAUGUUAUUCUUGUGCAAAUGAUUUCAUUGUUUGGCAAUGGCGUCAUUUCUUUCUGAAACGAAACUACGACAUCUCAACAAGUGAUCCAGAAUGUACAAGCAGAGACUAUAUCUCGGAUCUCUAUCAGAAUUGUCAUUCCACGUGUUUCGUGUUUUAUUUGAAUGGAACUAAUAAGCAAACUGGUCAUACAACUGUACUCGGUGUCGGUCGAGGAUGUUCAGCAAGUUUUCUCACCGAUGAUCAGCAUCUUCACUUGGGUUUGGGUGCUCAUUCCCGGCCUUCUCAUGUUGGAGAAUACCUUCCACAUGAUUUCGAUCAGUUCGACAUAACAGAACACUGGUGUUUUUGUGCCACAGAAAAAUGCAACUCGGAGGAUUGUUUCUCAUCGCCAUUCGGUUCUCGGGAAUACGCUUCAUCGUACAUUGCCAAACGUCUACAAUAUUCUUCUUCAUAUUCACAUAAUCCAUGGAAAUAUCGGAAUACGGGUUCUCGUGCUAUUUCAUCAUUUUUCAUGAUGUUCUUCUCAAUUGUCUUGUACAAAUGUUUGUGUCUGUAA